GCUUGACUGUCUUCGGGCCGCAGCGCAUCUCGUCGUAUCCCUCCGCCCCGUCAGAGGAAAUGCUCCUGACCAAUCACAUCUGUGUUUACACCAUCACCUGUCAAACUCAGUCCCUCUGCAAUCUUUUCUCUCUCUAAGGAGCUGAAAAAAAAACAACGUGCUGAAGUAUCUACGGGAGACACUACCUGGACGGACUCUCCGGCAAUUGACCCUAAUAGUGGAAUUGACGUCUUGAACCAUGAGCUCAGUGGCAGUGUUGACCCCCGAGAGCUUUGCGGAGCACCGCAGUGGCCUGAAGGACAAGGAGAUCACAGGUUGCGUCCCGGAGGACGAGGCCUACAUCCCCACCUACCUGGAGGCCUUCCCUCCGUUACCAGAGAAGGGAGCGCCGGGGGAGAAAGCCACUGAGGGGGCCCCCGCGUGGGGCAGCAGGAUCAGGCCAAUUAAAGCUUCUGUCAUCACGCAGGUGUUCCACGUGCCCCUCGAGGAGCGCCGAUACAAGGACAACAGCCAGUUCGGGGAGGGCGAAGAAGCAAAAGUGUGCUUAGACAUCAUGCAGCGGACUGAAGCCCACAUUGAGUUGUCCUUGGCAAAAGACCAGGGGUUAUCCAUCAUGGUUACGGGAAAACUAGAGUCUGUCAUGAAGGCCCGCAAGGAGAUUGUAGCUCGACUGCAGACUCAGGCUUCAGCCACAGUUAUCAUCCCCAAGGAACACCAUCGCUUCGUCAUUGGAAAGAACGGCGAAAAGCUGCAGGAACUAGAGCUAAAAACUGCCACCAAGAUCGUUAUACCACGCCCGGACGACCCCAGCUCCAACAUCCGCAUCAGUGGUACUAAGGAAGGCAUCGAGAAGGCGCGCCAUGAGAUACUGCUCAUCUCUGCAGAGCAGGACAAACGUGCGGUGGAGCGACUGACCCUGGAGAAGGCCUUCCACCCCUUCAUUGCCGGCCCACACAAUCGGCUGGUGCAGGUGCUGAGUCAGGAAACGGGCGCUCGCAUCAGCGUCCCCCCGCCAAGCUUGCCCAAGGACGAGAUCGUCAUCACUGGGGAGAAAGAGGCUGUCGCACUGGCACUCAGCCGCAUCCGUGCAAUCUAUGACGACAAGAAGAGGAAGACCACCACCAUCUCCGUGGAGGUGAAGAAGUCGCAGCACAAGUACAUCAUCGGGCCAAAGGGGAACACCCUACAGGAGAUCCUGGAGGCCACGGGGGUGUCAGUGGAAAUGCCCCCGCUAGAUUCAGACUCAGAGACCAUCAUCCUCAGGGGGGAGCCCGACAAGCUUGGACCAGCCCUCACGCAAGUCUACUCAAAGGCGAAGAGCGCGAUGGUGGUGGAUGUGACGGCUCCGGCCUGGUUGCAUCGUUUCAUUAUCGGCAAGAAGGGUCAAAACAUCGGCCGGAUUACACAGCAGCUGCCUCGGGUACACAUUGAGUUCACUGAUGGCGAGGAGCGCAUCAAUCUGGAAGGGCCAACGGAGGAGGUAGAGCUGGCUCAGGCACAGAUACAAGAAAUCGUCAAGGACCUGCUAGUGAAGAUGGACUACACUGAGGUCAUCAUAGACCAGCGUUUCCACAGACAUCUCAUCGGGAAGAACGGCACCAAUAUUAACCGGAUUAAGGAGCAGUACAAGGUAUCGGUGAGAAUCCCGCAGGACUCUGAGCGAAGCAGCCUGGUCCGGAUCGAGGGAGACCCCAAGGGUGUCCAAUUGGCUCGCAGGGAACUCGUUGAGAUGGUCCAAAGAAUGGAGAACGAGCGGACCAAAGAUCUGGUUGUGGAGCACAAGUUCCAUCGGACCAUCAUUGGUCAGAAAGGAGAGAAGAUAAAAGAAGUUCGUGACAAGUUCCCUGAGGUCAUCAUCAACUUCCCUGAUCCGGCACAGAAGAGUAACUUAGUUCAGUUGAGGGGGCCCAAAAGCGAGGUGGAAAAGUGCGCAAAGUUCCUCCAGAGGAUGAUUGCCGAGCUAAUAGAGAAUAGCUUCUCGCUUUCGGUUCCUAUCUUCAAGCAGUUCCACAAAAACAUAAUUGGAAAAGGUGGUGCUAACAUCAAAAAGAUCCGCGAGGAGACCAAUACCAAGAUCGACCUCCCCACUGAGAACAGCAACUCUGAGAUGAUCGUUAUCACGGGUAAGAAAGGCAACUGUGAGGCAGCUAGGGAUCGAAUCCUCGCCAUCCAGAAAGAACUGGCAAACUUUAUAGAAACAGAGGUAACCAUCCCAGCCAAGCUACACAACUCCCUCAUCGGUUCCAAGGGUUGCCUAGUCCGCGCCAUCAUGGAAGAAUGUGGCGGUGUCCACAUCCAUUUCCCGUCCGAGGGAUCCACUUCAGACAAGGUCACCAUUAGGGGUCCCUCCAGUGAAGUAGAAAAAGCCAAGAAACAACUGCUACAGCUAGCUGAGGAGAAGCAAGUCAACAACUUCACAGUGGAACUACAGGCCAAGCCCGAGUACCACAAGUAUCUGAUCGGCCGUGGCGGAGCCAACGUUCGGCGCGUACGGGACAGGACGGGCGCCCGUAUCAUCUUCCCAGCACCUGACGAUACCGAGCAAGAACUGAUCACCAUUGUGGGCAAAGAAGAUGCCGUUCGGAAAGCGCAGAAGGAAAUAGAAAGCCUCAUCAAAAACCUGAAUGAUGUGGUGGACGAUAGCAUGGACGUGGACGUACGCCACCACCGCCAUUUUGUGUGUCGGCGAGGCCAGGUGCUGCGGGAACUGGCGGAAGAAUACGGCGGCGUGGCUGUGAGCUUCCCUCGCACGGGGGCCAACAGCCAAAGGGUUUCCCUGAAAGGAGCAAAGAACUGCGUGGAAGCUGCCAAGAAACGCAUACGGGAGAUCGUCGAGGACCUGGAGUCCCGAGUGAGCGUGGAGGUGACGAUCCCCCAGCACUACCAUCGUGCAGUCAUGGGGCCCAAAGGCAGCCGCAUUCAGUACAUCACCCGUGAGCACGAGGUUCUCAUCAAGUUCCCCGAAAGAGACGACGGCACCGCAGUCAUUUGUCAAGGUCAAGAGGGUUCGCCGCUGGAGAACGGUGAUGUCAGUCCAGGUGCAGAAUUUGUCCACCGCAAGUGUGACGUCGUGACGAUAACGGGGCGAGCAGAGAAGUGUGAGGUGGCCAAAGCUGCUCUUCUGGCCUUGGUGCCCAUCACAGAGGACGUGGAAGUGUCCUAUAACCUUCAUCGCUACAUCAUCGGGCAGAAAGGCAGCGGACUCCGAAAAAUGAUGGAAGACUAUGAGGUAAACAUCUGGGUGCCGCAGCCAGAGAUGCAACAGGAUGUGAUCAAGGUGACGGGUUUGGUAGCCAACGUGCAGCGAGCCAAGCAGGGCUUACUGGGACGGGUCACAGAACUUCGGGCCGAGCAGGAGGACAGGGCGUUGCGCAGCUUCAAGGUGACCAUAUCUGUCGAGCCCAAGUUUCAUCCCAAGCUCAUUGGGCGCAAGGGGGCGGUCAUUUCUCAGAUCCGAAAAGACCAUGACGUCAACAUCCAGUUCCCUGACAAAGGAGACCAACAGCAGGACCUGAUCGUGGUGUCGGGAUACGAGGGGAACGUAGAAGAAGCCUGUCAGGCCAUCCGUCAGCUGGUGGCUGAUUUGCAGGAGAUGGUGAGUCAAGACGUGUGCCUGGACCCCCGGACUCAUGCCCGGAUUAUCGGCGCUCGCGGUAAAGCCAUCCGCAAGCUAAUGGAGGAGUUCAAGGUGGAUAUUCGUUUUCCUCCAUCCGGCUCCGACGAACCUGAUAAAGUGAGCGUCACAGGUCUUCCCGAGAUGGUGGACAACGCCAUUGAGCACCUGCUCAACCUGGAGGAAGAAUAUAUGCUGAGCGUGACAGAAACCGAAAGGUUGGCGGCGUACAUGAAGCCUCCGUCGCGCUACGGGGGAGGCGGUGCGGGGGGGCCAGACGACGGUAGCGGGAUGCCGGCCAAAGGCUUCGUGGUGAGAGAUGCCCCUUGGAAUGCCGUGGGGAACAAGGCGCCGGACAUGAGCAGCGCAGAGGACUUCCCCACAUUUGGCACUGGUGUGGCGCCGAAACAAACUUCCGCCUGGGGCCCCAAGAAGUUCUGAGUGAUGGAUCUCAAGUUUUCUAGUAUGCUCUUCGGCCUCACUGGUUGACAUGACAUUUCUGCUGACCACUAGGACGUUUCGAGUGAGGCAAAACUGCACGCUAGGAUAAGGAACCAGCAGCUUUCACUUCUACGCGGCCUAUGUAAAUAACCAAGACGACUUCCUGGACCGAUUCCUUGUUGUGACGUUUACUCAUAGUCAGCCAUUUUAUUGGGAUGACUGAUUUUCUCCAAGUUGAUCAGAUUGGGGAACAUGUUUGCAACUAAGAGGUUUUUUGCUAUUUUUUUAAAGGGAAUUUUUUUCGGUCGGCGUGCUUAAAAUGUACAUUUGAAUGAAACCUAACCAAACCUUUACAUGGUUUUAAACUCUAUUUUUCCUCAUUACGCUUGUUCUUGUACACGAAUGCUGCGGUCUCACACCAUUUUAUUUCCACGAUGAUACCAGUUAGCAUAUUUUACAUACCUUUAGCUGUUAGCUCACGCUACGAUUCAAAUCUCCGACUGCCUAGCAACUGCUACAGGAAGUCCAAUCUAAAAGGGAAAUUCAACAAUGAAACUGAUUUUUCACAACUUUUUUUUUUUUUUCAACCUGUCCUGUUCAGCUGUUUGACAUUGAGAAUGGAAGUCUAAGUGCCCGGUUGGUCUGAACAGUUUUAAUAUUUCACAUUGAGAGUAUGGCAUACUCCCAUUGUGAUCAUUCAACAUACCUCGUUUAUUAUGACAAAGCAGCGAACAGGAAGGGGUUAUGGGGGAACAGAAGAAACACAAACAACAACAAGAAAUACAUUGAACAUCUACACUUACUACAAUGAUGUUGGUGCUAUCGUCAGCUACAGUGCCCUCCAUAAUUAUUGGAUUUAUAAUGUGUUUUUUAGCUUCUAAUAAAUUUUUUUCCCCUAAAUAAUAUGGGACCUGUCUCCACGCCAACAAACUGUUUGUGAGGCAUGCACGGAGAAAACCUUUCCUCACUCACAAUCAUAAACGCAAACGUCUGGAGUUCGCCAAGCGGUAUUGGGGCUUCAACUGGGACCGUGUGCUUUGGUCAGAUGAGACCAAGAUUGAGCUUUUUGGAAACAAACACUCUAAGUGGGUCUGGCGUGCCACGAAAGAUGCGCAUGCUGAAAAGCACCUCGUACCCACUGUGAAGUAUGGGGGUGGGUCAGUGAUGCUGUGGGGCUGUUUCGCUUCCAAAGGCCCUGGGAACCUUGUUAGGGUGCAUGGCAUCAUGAAUGCUUUGAAAUACCAGGACAUUUUAAAUCAAAAUCUGUUGCCCUCUGCCCGAAAGCUGAAGAUGGGUUGUUACUGGGUCUUUCAGCAAGACAGUGACCCUAAACAUAUGGCCAAAUCUACACAGAAAUGGUUCACCAGACACAAAAUCAAGCUCCUCCCAAGGCCAUCUCACUCCCCAGACCUCAACCCCAUUGAAAACCUGUGGGGUGAGCUGAAGAGGAGAGUGCAGAGCAGAGAACCCAGGUCUGUGGAUGAUUUAGAGAGAUUCUGCAAAGAGGAAUGGCUGAAGAUCCCUCUUUCUGUCUUUUCCCAUCUUGUGAAACAUUAUAGGAGAAAAUUAGGUGCUGUUUUGUUGGCAAAAGGGGGUUGUACAAAGUAUUAACACCAGGGGUGCUAAUAAUUGUGACACACAUUUUUUGAUGUCAAAUAAUUAUUUCUUUAUGUGGGGAUUUUUUUCCCACUGAAUAAAUGCACUUGUAUUGAAGGUUGGAUUUUUCUUUUUUUCCCCCCAUUAAGGUCCCAUAUUAUUUAGAAAAAACAAUUAUUAGAAGCUAAAAAACACAUAAUUAUUAUAAAUCUGUAGAUGUAUUUCCGGUUGACGCCAUGUGGGGGGCCUGUUGACCAUGAAAAAGGGGGAUGGGGUGAGGGAGUCUAUAAGCUAAGUGGUUGAAAGCGGUAGAGUGUACACAAAUCAGCUCUGUGAUCUGAAACCCAGUAUUCGAGUGAAUCCCUUGUGAGGGUAAGCCCGUUGGUGACCGACCCUACGGCGCCCCAUCCCCACUCCCGGCACCGGGAACCCCCACUCGAGCGUGCCCUGUCACAUCCAGCCGCACGCGAGCCCCACCAGGUGCGCAACAGCCACGCACACGAGCGGCGACGCCACGCGGGCGCCGACCCAGGGCCACUGUCCCCACCCAGCCAGCCCGGGGAGGGAGGGCAGGCGUGGGGUUCAGCGCAGCCCAACCCUCCUCCUACAGCCCAGCAAGGGAGCCAUCGCCCCCCCCGCACACCCAUCAACCGGCCUUCAGGGAUGGCAAGAGGGGACGCACCACCAACCCCACGCCGACCCCCAUCCCGCACGAGCCACGGCCACAGCCCCCUCCAAUAGGGACGGCACGCCACGGGACCCCCAGCAGCCCACCAAGCCCAUGGCAGUGCAGGGUCCCCCAUCGGAGCAGGCAACAUCCAGCCGAUACACUGGCGCCCAGCCAGCGACCCACGACUGAACCCAGGGCGGAUACACAGUCAGAGAAGAGAGGGGACGCUGGAGGCAGGAGGACGCCAAGCCGCCGCCACGGGGCGACGUGAGAUCGGCGCUACAACCUCCCACUCCCGCGGCCGGCAGCCCAGGAAGAGGGGAGGCCACGCCCCAGGAGCCACGCCAUAGAGAAAAAGUGUAGGACCCACCUACCACCCUAUUACUGGGCUGCCAGGUUCCCGGCUGGCAGCCAUUACUUAGCACCAUGAUGGGAUUGUGAUGGUAGUUCAGUUACAAAUGUGAUUCGCCAUGCCCCGCCAUACCCAAGUCUUUCCUGUCCUAUAUUUUAUCCUUCUGCUUUGAAUUGACACGAGUUAAACAUGACAUCUAGCACAAUGGCAGCCAAUGAGUUAACAGCAAACUAUGCAACCCAGGGAUAUGCUGUAUUUUGUUUAUUUUCCUGAAAGCUUGUUUUGUCACCAGUCUAAUCUUAAACGGCGACAACUUCCUUUUGUGAGAAGACAAAAACACUCUCGCCUUAAGUCAAAUCAACAGCAUUUUAACAACGGUGUGAUUGUGUACUUGCAAUAAAAAUGUCAGUUUCCUACUGAAAAUAAAAUUUGACAGAUAAGUUACAUACGGUCAUUUUUUCUUUAAUAUA